AUGUUUUUGCAGACAUCUGGGUCCAACGCAUCGCAAACGGGCGACAAGCCUAACACCAACGUAUGGAGGCUCUGCCCCUUCAGGAACCCGGCGAGGUCCGACGGGCUGGUCCUGAAGCACUGGAGGCAGGUCAUCAGGAACAGAGAGGCUCCGAAGGUUGCGCCCAACUCGCCGCUCGAACUGCAGGAGAAAUACGCCCAGACGCUCGACUCGGACGUCACGUCCACGCUGCCUAAGCUGGACGAGGAAAGCGCCCCGGUCGACUCUUACCCGUUCGCUAAGGUAGCGCCGGCAAUAAAAAUCUAUCGCUACUCCGAUGAGUUCUACCGGUACCAGAUCGGCGACCUCGACCCGUCGUGGACCAAGGAGGAAACGGACCUCCUGUUCGACCUGUGCGAGAUGUUCGAGCUCCGGUUCGUCGCGAUACACGACCGGUUCAAGUGGCGGAAGGACGUGACGCUCGAGAAGCUGAAGCACCGUUACUACACCGUGACCAAGCGGAUAAUCGAGUACUCGUUUGAGGAGAAGAUCAAGACUGAGAUUGCGAAGCACAACAACCCGUCGCACCCGGUCAUCGCGGCGCUCAGGGACGAGUCGGCCAGGCACCCGCUGGUCAAGUUCACGUACAACAUGGAGCACGACAGGGACCGGAGGGAGAUGCUGGAGCGGAGCUACCGGGUCACCGAGGAGCAACGGCAGGCUGAGGCGCAGCUGCUGGACGACAUAAAGCAGGCGGAGUCGCUGUUCAAAAGGGAGGAGCGGAAGAAGGUCGAGUUCAAGAAGCUCAAGAAGAAGUUCAGCGUCAGCGACGACGCCAUCACGCUGCCGAACAUGGAGAAGCUGCACUCCAAGGACGUGUGGCUCGCCAGCGACAUGGUCACGCAGUACAAGGCGCAGCUCAACCCGAAGCACAACGACGCGGUGGACGAGAUGUUGGCGGCGCUGAACAUACCGGCCCCCGUGGUGUCGUCGCGAGCGUCCAACGAGCUCUACUGCGUGGUGCGCGGGGACGCGGCCAUCAUGAUAAACCUGGUGAACAAGGUGGACAGCCUGAGGAAGGAACUCGAGCACUGGAAAGCCAUCGCUGGGCCGUUGCCGGAGCAGACGGCGACGCCCAAGGCGAAGGAACAAAGGACUGGCGCCCACACGACGCCCAUCGAUAUCGCAACUGCGUUCCAGACCCCCCGCAACAUGGAACCUGCCAAACCCUUCCCCAAGCCCAAGUACCCCACCCCGCAACAUGUCGGCACGCACCAGAUGAGCCAGUCGGACGACGGAGCUUCGAUGAUGAGCGACAGCUCCAAGCACUGCGGCGAGCAAUCGCAGAUGGAGCAGGAGCACCAGAACCAAAACGUCAUGUACCACCAGCAGCUGGCCAGGCAGCGGAUGCUCAUGGCGCAGCAGCAACAGAUGCAACAGCAGAUGCAGCAGCAAAUGCACCAGCAGAUGCAACAAGCGCAGAUGCAGCAGGCUCAACAGCAACAAGCGCAAAUGCAGCAAGCGCAGAUGCAACAGGCUCAACAGCAACAAGCCCAGAUGCAGCAAGCGCAGAUGCAACAGGCACAAAUGCAACAGGCCCAACAGCAACAAGCCCAGCAACAGCAGGCUCAGCAGAUGCAGCAAGCCCAACAGCAACAAGCCCAGCAGAUGCAAGCCCAGAUGCAACAGGCACAACAACAGCAAGCUCAGCAAAUGCAAGCACAGCAGCAAGCCCAACAACAGCAGGCCCAGCAGAUGCAGCAAGCUCAACAACAGCAACAAGCCCAGCAGAUGCAAGCCCAGAUGCAACAGGCCCAACAACAGCAAGCUCAGCAAAUGCAAGCACAGCAGCAAGCCCAACAACAGCAGGCCCAGCAGAUGCAGCAAGCUCAACAACAGCAACAAGCCCAGCAGAUGCAACAAGCCCAACAGCAAGCCCAGCAACAAGUCCAGGCUCAGGCGCAGCAGUUGCAAACACAACAGACUCAAGCUCAACAGCAGUUGCAACCACAGCAGCAACCGCCCCAGCCACAACAAGCUCAGCAACAACUGCCGGGGCAACCGUUACAGACGUCGCCGCGACAACAGUCCCAGCAACAGGCGCAGCAACAAUUACAAGCCCAGCAGCAACAGCAGGUGCAGCACGCCCAGCAACAAGUCCAGGCUCAAGCUCAACAGCAACUGCAGUCCCAGCAACAAGUCCAGACUCAAGCUCAACAGCAGUUGCAGUCCCAGCAGCAACAGACUCAAGCUCAACAGCAGUUGCAACCACAGCAACAGCAACUGCAGGCGCAGCAGCAGGCUCAGAUGCAACAAGCGCAACAGCAAGGACAGCAGGCGCCCCAGCACGGGUCGGCCCCGCAGUCACAAGGCCAGCCGCAGCAACCGCUUCAGCAGCAGUCAAGAUCGCAGAUGCCCCAAAUGUACCCUAUGAAGGUCGGAGCGCCCGGUGCCUCGAGUCCGCACUCUUUCCAGCAGCAGGGACACUACCAGCAGAUGAUGCCGCACCAGCCGCCUGCGCACAUGAACCAACCGCAGCACAUGGGGCAGCACUCGCCCAUGGCGAAGCAGCAGAGCGUGCACCAGAUGCAACAGCCAAGCAUGCCUCCGCCUCACGCCAUGAUGGCCCAGCACCGGGCGAUGCAGCAGCGCAUGAUGCCGUACCCGCAGUACCCCCAGCAGCAGUUCCAGCAGGGCUACCAGCAACAGUUCGCGCCCAUGCCGAUGCGGAUAAACCCUCAGGGGAUGUACUACCCCAAUCAGAUGUACCCGCAGGGCGGUCCUCCGCAUUACGGGCACAUGAUGCAGCACCCGAUGGCGCAUCCGCAGGGCCAGAUGCCGGCGCACAUGCAAGGCCAGAUGCAAAACCAGGCGCAGGGUCAGAUGCAGAACCAAAUGCAGCAGGUGGUCGGACAGAUGCAGGGUCAGAUGGGAGGUCACAUGCCAGGUCAGAUGCAAAGUCCGAUGCACGGGGCCAUGAACGCCCAUAUGCCCGGGCAGAUGCAGGGCCAGAUGGGAGGUCACAUGCCUGGCCAGAUGCAAAGCCCUAUGCAGGGCGCCAUGAGCGGCCACAUGCCUGCGCAGAUGCAGAAUCAGAUGCAACAGGUGGUUGGACAAUCGCAGCAGAUGCCACCGCAGUGA